AUGGUCACCAAGGUUCUGGAGGUCGGCAACCACACGGUGACGACACAUUUCAUUCUCCUGGGAUUUCCAACACGGCCAGCCUUCCAACUGCUCCUCUUCUUUGCUUUCCUGGUGAUCUACCUACUGACCCUCCUGGAGAACUUUCUUAUCAUCCUUGCCAUUCGCAGUGACGGACAGCUGCACAGGCCCAUGUACUUCUUCCUGAGCAACCUCUCUUUCCUGGAGAUGUGCUACGUCACAGUCAUCAGCCCCAAGAUGCUGGGGGACUUGCUCAGCCUUUCCAAGACCAUUUCCUUCAAUGGCUGCAUGACUCAACUUUACUUUUUUGUGACCUUUGUCUGCACGGAGUACAUUCUCCUGGCUGUCAUGGCCUUUGACCGCUAUGUGGCCAUUUGUAAUCCACUACGCUACCCAGUUAUCAUGACCAGCCCGCUUUGCGGUGCGCUGGCCGGGGGAUGCUGGUCCUGCGGACUCGUGACUGCCGCGGUGAAGAUGGGUUUCAUAGCCCGACUGCACUACUGUGGCACGCCUCGUAUCAACCACUACUUCUGCGAUAUCGCGCCGCUCCUCAGUGUCCCCUGCGAGGACUCCUCACAGGCCGAGCUGGUGGACUUCCUCUUGGCGCUCACGGUCAUUGCCCUCCCCCUCUGUGCAGUGGUGGCAUCUUACACCACCAUCCUCACCGCCAUCCUGGGGAUUCCUUCUGCUCAGGGCCGCCGAAAAGCGUUUUCCACCUGUGCCUCUCACCUGACAGUUGUAAUUCUCUUCUACUCCACGACCCUUGUCACCUAUGCCCGCCCCAAGCAUAUGUAUGCCUACAGUUCCAGUAAAGCGGUGUCUGUGCUCUACACCGUCCUGGUCCCACUCCUCAACCCCAUCAUCUACUGUCUGAGGAACCGGGAAGUAAAGGCAGCCCUCAAGAAGACCAUGCUUUGCAAAGGAAGUGAACCCAGGGAAAAUGGGGCCUCGAGUAAUUAA